AUGUUUUGUGACAAAUUUGCCUACCUCUUUUUUCUCCCCCUUUUAAUCAUCGUAUGGAGAGACGUAGACGGCAGGGACGUCAAGGAGGGUAAAAUUGUAGUCAACCCGGUUGAUUGGGGCACGGUGGGGGGGAAAAAGGGAGCCACCGGGGAUGAGAAGGGCGGCGAGGUGGAAGCGGCAGAGGAGGAAGAGGAGGCAGGGGAGGAAGAGGCUGCAGAGGGGGCAGAAGAGGAAGAGCAGGUGGACGCGGCGGAGGAGGAAGAGGAGGUGGACGCGGCGGAGGAGGAAGAGGAGGACCAACCAAAUGUGGACGCCACCAAAAACGAAGAUGCCUCACCUGAGAAAGAGACACCACAAAGGAAUUUCCCAGCUGGAGAAAAAAAAAAUCACCAAAAUAACAUGGACGAUAUAAUAAAUGAAUAUUAUAGAAAUGUGAUUAUCCCAAAGGAAUCGAAAGAUAUAGAAGAGAUGGAAGCGGAAAAAAAAAAUGUAUCAUUCUUCACAAAAAUUAAAAAUUUUUUCUCAGGAGAAAAGGAAGAGGAGGAAAAACAACCCUCUACACUAAUUGAAUACAUAAGACAGAAAAAUAAAAAAAUAAUGGAACUCGAAGAAGAGAGUGCAAAAAGAAUCUCACGUAAACACAUGUACGAAUAUCUUUUCUGGACCACUGCUUAUAUCCUAUUUAACGUUGCCAUUGCCCCACUUAUUACAUAUUAUUAUGUAUCCAGAGGGUGCAAGAAGGCUAUUAUGAGGGAGUAUAACAAUAAUCGAGAUAGGCGUAUUGUGCCCUACGGAUACGAUUUUUCUGAUGAGGGACCUUCCGUAAAUUUUUCAGGAAUGAAAUUCCGCAAUUGCAAAUAUUACCCUCCGCAGAGGGGCAGCAACUUUUCCUUCCUCAUGGGGAUGCUCCACGGGAAACCCUACGCGAUUGUCAAGCUAUGA